AUAAAACAUUAUUAUAGUCGAAAGUAGGGAUGGCAACGAGUGAUAUCGAUAUAUCGAAUACAUCGAUGUAUUUCAAAGUUAACUACCCUUGAGUAUUUCAUGAACCGAAAAACGCAUUCUAAAAUGUGGAUAUUUCGUUUGAAUUCAUUACUGAAAGGACUAAAAUCUCAAAAAAUAUUCUAUACCCCAAAAACAAUCUUUCCAAUGGAAUAAAGGAGCAGGAACGGUUACGACUUGAUGACCAUUCCAAAAAUCAGGAUUCGAGGAAACAAAGUCCACGAAAAUUAGCCAUAAAGGAUUAGACGUUCAGCACGCAUAAAUCGCAUUGCAAAUGUUCAGAAUGCACGAUAUUUUCCGUAUAUCGGCCAACGCCAAUAGAGACGUAGAGCCCCAGUCAUUCGACGUCGCGACGCCUGGCUAGGUCGUGCUCAGGUCCAGCCCCGACAGCAUCCGCGCUCGCUAUAAAGUUACGCGUUUUCACCCCAGUCCGUCCUUCGGCAUGUUACGUCGAUAUUCCUCGUUCUCGUGGUACAGAAAACAGGAAAAACAAUAAUUUUCGGGAAAACUGAAAAUGUGUACUCAACGUUUCGAAUUUUUUCGCUCCGAUGUGAAUAUAUCUUCGAGUUUUCGAAAACUGGACGGUAGAAGGUGCUGACGAAUGUUUUUUGUACCACCAGCAAUCCCUGCAUCCUGCAGCCAAUUUAAGAGUGCGCUCUGAUUGUAAAUGAUCUGGAAAAGUUGCGAAAAUGAGUUACCACCAAAUCCAUCAGCACCCUGUCCCCGAGUCGUCAGUUAUAGUCACGACGCCACGUGAUUGGAAAACAAGACUGAAAGAUUUUUGGAAAAAUUUACACCUGAAAUCUGCCUGUCAACACAUCGGACUUCUGGUCAUAUUGACCGUCUACACAGUAGCUGGAGGGAUGGUAUUCCGCAGGCUAGAAUAUCCAGCGGAAUUAGAGAAAAUAAACGUGUUCAACGUUACUUUAUCCACGAGCAGACGAACGUUGAUACAGAGCAUCUUGAACGGGGAGAAUUUCACCACGUUCGAGAAGGAGCUGCAAAAUUACGAGGAGGUUUUGAGGAGGGCCUUCGAGGCUGGAGUGUCCAUCAGACCGGAAGAGCAAAUCGUCAAAUGGACCAUCCUGAGGGCUGUUUUUUUCUCCUCAACCGUCCUCACCACUAUAGGAUAUGGAAAUAUAACCCCUGAGACAACAGAGGGUCGAAUUUUUUGCAUCGUGUUCGCCCUAGUUGGGAUUCCCUUAACUUUGACAGUUAUCGCAGAUUGGGGUAAACUUUUCGCCCAUGCUGCUUCCAGUUUUGUCAAGCAUAUUCCACCACUGCCAUAUGGACUUAGGUGCGCAUUAGUUGUACAAAGAACCACUUCCUACGCUUUCUUGUCUGUUUGUUUUUUGUUCAUUUACCUCGCCAUAGGAGCUGCUGCCUUCGUAGAAUGGGAAGAAGACUGGACGUUUUUUGAAGGGUUCUACUUCUGCUUCAUAACAAUGACCACCAUCGGAUUUGGAGAUUUAGUGCCUAAACAGCCAACCUACAUGCUUCUGUGUACCUUGUACAUUCUCAUCGGAUUGGCUCUAACUUCGACUAUCAUAGAGCUUGUACGAACACAAUAUGCUCAAUCCUGGAAACAGCUUAGAGCUCUACAGGGUCCCUUAGCAGAUCAAUUCAGGAAAAUAGCAGAUAAUGCGACUGGAUUGGACGUACUAUCUUUUCAGCAAGAUUUCAUGAAGGUUAUCACGGCCGUUUCAGUGCCUAAAAAGUUGACUGGUUCGUCGAAGAGAGACAAAAAAGUUAAUGUUACAGACUGGGAAGACGCUAUGGAAGCUGCCAUAAGAGAUAUGAUCGUUAAAAAUUCCGCAAGCCAAAAUUUUCCUCCUGUUGUACAAUUUAUAAUAUACGAGACUUCAGUGUAUUUGUUUUUUUUUCUCUACAUCCCUAACCAAACCCAAUUUGUUGGGAUUCAUAUUUUUUCAAGAGGACUGCUAUAUUGUUCUUUAGCAAAUAAUUCAUACAAUUUUUUCGGAUUGGAUUAG